AUGGUCAUGGUCGUGGUCGUGGUCGUAGUCGUAGUCGUGGUCGUAGUCGUGGUCGUGGUCGUAGUCGUGGUCGUGGUCGUAGUCGUGGUCGUGGUCGUAGUCGUGGUCGUGGUCGUAGUCGUGGUCGUGGUCGUAGUCGUGGUCGUGGUCGUAGUCGUAGUCGUGGUGGCCAAAGUCAUGGUCGUGGUCACAGUAGUAGCCAGGCUCAACUGGCUGAUCCUGGAUCUACCCAAAUCAUCUGGAAACAAAGUGGAGCUGGUUGCAAGGUUAUCAGAGAUACCACAGGGACUUAUACCAUAUCCUGAACUAGCCAUUGCAGAAGAAGAACUUGGGGCACAUAUUAUGGGAACAGAAGAUGCCAGGGGAGAGGGUGUACACACUGUGAUCAAUGAUCCAAUGAUAGGAUUUGCAGGUGAAGAAGAAGGACUUGAAUAUAUCUAG